AUGUCGGCCCCGAAGCCCACCUUUGACGGCACGAUCCCCUUUGAAUACAAAGCAGAGACGUAUCAAACCUACUGCAAGGUAUACGGGGACCUGACGUCGAGCACGCGCACGCCACUCGUACUCUUGCACGGCGGACCCGGCCUCUCGCACGAUUAUCUUGCUCCCUUCGUCGACCUGACGGUGAAUGUCUCCAUCCCGGUCAUUCUAUACGAUCAGCUCGGCAACGCACGCUCUACUCAUCUGAAAGAGAAAGACCCGACGUUCUGGACCAUCGACCUCUUCAUCGAUGAGCUCGAGAAUCUGCUUAGACACUUCGAAAUCGAGGGUGCCUUCGAUCUGUGCGGACACAGCUGGGGCGGCGUUCUCGGGGCUGAAUUUGAGAUUCGUCGCAAGCCGGCUGGCUUGAAGCACCUUGUCCUCUCCGACUCGCUUGCGUCGGGCAAGCUUUGGGGCGAAGCGACUCGCGAGCUCAUCAUGGGUUUCCCUGAAGAAGUCGGCAAGGGCUUCGCCGCCGGGAUGAAGGACCCGCCUGCUUUCCUCGCCGCCCUCAAGGCCUUUCAUGCUGUUCACGGUUGUACCGUGAAGCCGAUGCCUGCGGAGGUUACGUAUACCCUCGACCGUGUUUUCGGCGCUGAUGGCGACCCUACUGUCGCAUCUGCCCCUAUCAUGCAGAACUGGACCAUCGAGGAGAGGCUUCCAGGUAUCCGUGUCCCUACGUUUGUUAUCAACGGCCGGCAUGAUCAAGCGACGGACAAAGUUGUCGCUCCUUUCUUCAAAUUCAUCCCGAAGGUCAAAUGGGUCACUUUCGAACAAUCCUCGCAUAUGCCGUUCUGGGAGGAGCGUGAGAGGUAUAUGAAGCUCGUUGCAGAGUUUCUUCAGCUUUGA